GGUAUAUUCCAACCCUCCGACACUCUUGCUCCCCUGUGUUGCCCGAAAAUUUCUGGGGUGCCACUGGAAUCGCUGUGAGUAUCUGUUCGGGUUUUGUGAUCCCAGCAGGCCUUCUUCGGAUCUCCAGUCAACAAAAUGGCGUCGCAGCCAACGCCAAUAGAGGUCGGCGUCCAGAAAGCCGAGGACGAUUGGGCGCUCGGUCAUAGAGUCACGCCAGAGUUGACUGAGAUUAUCACUGACAUCUUGAAACAAGGCAACGCAUACUCCAACGUGACGCUCGCAAUGCCGCUAUGCUGGGAGUUCUCGAAAAGCCGAAGCGGGCAAACAUUGUGCCACCAAUUCCUCUAUGUUUUGAGAGAAAUGCGUGAAAGAGGCGACGAGUGCGCCUCCGAUAAGUACCUGACUGAUCCCAUCCGGAGACGACUCGUUGGCGUUGUAAUGAAGCAAAUGAACCAUUCCUUGGUCGAAGUCGUGUGGAAAAUGCUCGCCGUCGGUCCGGAAAAUGCUGCACUCUACGACCCGCUGGUUGUGGAACUAUUGCAGAGCAAUCACGUGUCCGAAGCCGCCCGGCUCGCCAUACAAAUCGGUCUUCGCGACGAGUUCGCAGAUCAGCUCGCCAUGCCGCUAGUCUUGCUCGAUAAGCUGCUGUUGUUGGGAACAAUUCUGGAAGGAUUGCCGGACACUCAGCAAAGAAUUCUAAAACUCUUUGACGACUUCUACGAUGACGCUAACAGAAUGCGACAAAUCGUGCAGAGGCAUGACAUAACAAGCAUCAAGAAAGUAGACCGCGCUCUGUGGAAACGAAUUGCCAGGUUGAUGAUCCGAUACCUGAAGAAGUACAACUUACCGCCGGAUACCUGUCCUAAUCUACAGCUUAGUCGAAAUCGGAACGCAUUAAGAUAUCUACUGGUCAGACGCUACCAAGAGAAAGACAUGGCCGGAAACUCGUGGCGCGAAAUGGUCAUGGAUCAAGUGCUUGACUACAAAGUACUCCACGGCGAAUUGAUGCGCACACUAUUCAAUCAAAACGACCAUAAGAGCGCGUAUUACUUCGCUCUCAAGCUAGAGUAUCCUCGCGAAGAAUGGCCGGCAAAGUUCGUCAAAUACGUCGACAGUCUGCCGCCCGGAUCCUCUCCUCUCGAGGAGCCGGAAAACAACAAUGGCCUGACGAACUGUCUGUCUGUCGAGCUACGGUCGGACCAAAUACAGACCAUCUGCACCGCGAGCGAAUUCGAGGCGGCUGCGAUCGAAUUGGCGGCGGCGCCGGUCAUUGGGGUCGAUGCAGAAUGGAAGCCGGCGAUGGGCUUACUACAAAAGACGCGCUUGUCGCUGAUCCAAAUGGCUACAAGGCAAAAAGUGUACCUGUUCGACGUUUUGAAGCUCUCGGAGACGAUUUCCCCUGAAGACUGGGCGAGCUUCUACGAACGCGUUUUCGACAAUCCCACCGGAUGUAUCCUCGGCUUCGGUAUUGCAGAAGAUAUCCGAAAGUUGGAAGCGCUCUCCGGAACUUCACUCUACAUGACCUACUUCAAGGAUUUGAUGAUCGUACGCGAUGCGCUGUUCACUCACCGUCCUGAUCUCAUGGAGAGCGUGGUCGACCAGAAAAUUUUGAAAAAUCAUAAUGGUCUCAGUAGACUGACCUGCAGACUCCUCGGCUACCCGCUCGACAAAUCAGAACAAUGUAGCGAUUGGGAGAAUAGACCUCUGCGUCCGAGCCAAGUACACUACGCUGCUUUGGACGCUCACUGUCUCAUAAGGUGCUGGGACGAGCUUGCCCGGAGAUGUGGAGACGAAGACAUUAAGACCGUCGUCGAAGACGCAAUUCAGUCGAGCAAGGAACAGUCAGGAUUUAGCACCAAUCGACGAGGACGUAAAUACGCGAACAGCACCGCCGGUCAGGUGGAUAAACAUCACCUCGUCUCGAGUCUGGGAAUCGGGUACCACAAAAAUCAUUCAGGUUUAGAAACACCCUCGCUGCCAGAGAGCGGCUAUUCUAGUAAGGAGAAGUUUGUGCAAGGUGUCACCGGGGUCAGCGAUCCGAUAGGAAAUCGAUCCACCAGCGAUUGGAAGUCCGCGGUUCUCCGGAAGACAAACUGA